CUCCUGUCAACAUGUUCGAUCCUUUGACUGAAACAAAUCCUUCUUGGGACGAGGAGAUUAGACGAGAUGUAAUAGAGGAGUGCCGCAAGCAUGGUGGAGCUCUACAUGUCUACGUAGAUCGGGCAUCACCUGAGGGACACGUGUACGUCAAGUGCCCAACCAUUGCCUCAGCAGUAGCCUCUGUCAAUGCGCUGCAUGGGCGUUGGUUUGCUGGCCGAAUCAUUACAGCAGCAUAUGUCCCAGUCGUGAGCUACCACACUCUUUUCCCGGACUCUGCAACGACAACUGCCCUGUGUGAAUGA